UCCUUUUUUCCUGAAAAACAAAAAAGUAUUCAUAUGGAGAGAGUUAGGAGGUAGAAACUAUAGAGUAGAGAGGGAGUAUAAAUGUGAGAAUUUCUUAUUGGUUAAUCUCUAUUAUAUAUUCUAGUCUUAUAUAAAGAAUGACUAUGAUAUAGAAAUCUAGUACUUCCCCUCUUCAAAACACUACCAUCAAAGUAGAAGAAAAAAACAAGCUAAGAGAGAGAAAGGAGAUUGAAAAAGAAAAUAAAAUGGAAGAACACCUAAAUCCAUUAGCAGUAACUCAUCUCUUACAAUACACCUUAAGAAGUUUAUGCUGCCAAGACAAUUCUCAAUGGGUUUAUGCUGUCUUUUGGAGGAUCCUUCCUAGAAAUUAUCCUCCUCCAAAAUGGGACACACAUGGAGGAGUUUAUGAUAGGUCUAGGGGCAACAGAAGAAAUUGGAUAUUAGUAUGGGAAGAUGGUUUUUGUAAUUUUGGAGCCUCAUCAACGGCUGAGAUUAAUAACUCCGGUGGCGGCGGUGGCGGCGGCGAUUAUCCGAGCUCAUCAGCAUCAUCAUCAGCUAACUAUGGUGGUGAUCAUCAAUUUCAGCACUUUCAGGCUGGUCUACAACCUGAACUUUUCUUCAAGAUGUCCCAUGAAAUUUACAAUUAUGGUGAAGGAUUAAUUGGGAAAGUAGCUGCAGAUCAUAGCCACAAAUGGAUAUACAAAGAACCAAAUGAGAAUCAGGAAAUUAAUUUCUUAUCUGCAUGGCAUAAUUCGGCUGAUGCGCAACCAAGGACUUGGGAAGCUCAAUUUCAGUCUGGUAUCAAGACUAUAGCGUUGAUAGCAGUACGAGAAGGUGUGGUACAACUAGGAGCAGUGAACAAAAUAGUGGAGGAUCUAAGUUAUGUUGUUCUACUCCGGAAAAAGUUCACUUACAUUGAGAGUAUCCCCGGGGUACUCUUACCCCACCCAUCCUCCGCCGCGUUCCCUCCCUCCUCGAGGCCCAUAGACGGUUAUGGGGUCCCGCCGGAAAUGUGGGCCUACCAAGCUAGUGGAGGGGGGCUCAUGGGAAUGGGCCCCGCCGGCCAGAUGAUGGACCAAUAUGAAUACUACAACCAAGCCCACCAAGACCGCCAGCAAGAGCCCAUGGUAAGGAUGAUCACCCCCUCAAUGAGCAGCCUUGAGGCCCUUCUCUCAAAGCUUCCCUCGGUGGGCCAAAACUCGGCCCAACAAGGGUCUCUUGGGCAUUGUGGGCCUGAGGCCCAUCAAUUCUUGGGAUCAUCAUCAUCAGCCCAAAAGGUGGCUAAGGAAGAGUUAGAUGAGGAGGAACAUCACAACAAUAAUCAAAAUGGGGAAUGUAGUAGCACCUCAAUGUCAUCAUAUCAGCAGCAUUUUUCUUAUCAUCACCAGGAUCUUAAUUUAGCUGCUAGCAGGCCAAAUACUGGAUUUUAAGGUUAUAGUCUGAAAUAUAAAUUGAUCAUUUGUAAGCUAAGAUUGUCAUAGAAAAUCUCAUCUUAGAAAUUUAAUCUCAUUUGAUUUGUAGUCCUUGGCUUGUACCUAGCUAGCUUCGGUUCAAGAUUUAGCACUACUAAUGUAAUAUGUUGUUUCCACGUAUAUGUAUAACCUGAGUGCGAUUAUAUCA